AUGGAUUUAAAAAUUUUAACUAUUGUUUUAAUUUAUUUUAUAUCAGAAUCUCAAGGAGAUAUUUUUCUUUCCGUUCCAUUUAAUGAACAUUUUAACAGACGUUCAGGUACAUAUGAAUAUCGAGGAAAAUUUUUUAAAAAUUUAAAAUAUUUAAUACGGAAAAUUUCGCUAGAUUUUCCAGAAGUACCAUAUCAAAAUAUAUUAUUAAAAAGAGAAUUUAAAACUUCUGAAAACAUAGUAAAUGAUAUUCAUACAAAUAACAGAUAUCUUCAAGUUCAAAUAAAUGGUGUAUCUAGAUAUAUAACUCUUCCAUCGUAUCACAUUGUGAUAGAAUUUGUCAUGCAUCAUGGAAAAAAAUAUUUUAUUUGUAAUAGAAGCCCCUUUAAAACUUAUAAAGAAGCUAAAAUAUAUUGUGAACAUUUAGAAGAAUUCAGUCAAUUUAAAUUACAACAUAUAUUUUUAGGAAAAAAUCUCCUUGCUUCUAAAAUUUGGAGAAAUACUUGGAAGGAUUGCUAUUAUAAAUGCUAUUCACAAAAUCACUUUCUAGAAUUAAAAAAAAAAAUUAUUAGAGAAUUAUGUAUGUUAAGAAAUAUUGACCAUGAGUCCCCAAUCAGAUACAAUAAAACAUUAGAAUUUACAGCAAACUAUCAUGCACGAAUAAAUGCAUUAGUAAACAAACUUUUAGUAGCUGGUGAUGAAAAAAGUAAAGUACAUGAAGUUGCUGCUUUUAUUAAUCCACCACUUGCUAGUUUACAAGUAAAUAAAUGGUAUAAUUCAUAUGUAGAGGAACAAACCGAUAUUAAUAGAAAAAGUAAAAAAGAAUCAAAACAAUUUCAUUUAUUACUUUCUCCACAUAUAAAAGAAGUUGGAGUUGGAGUUACUUUAUAUAGAAGAAAAUUAUCUAUUGUAUUAACAUUUGCUAAUUUAAAAUAUUUAAUACGAACUGUUUCACUAGAAUUUCCAGAAGUACCAUACAAAAGUAUAUUAUUUAAAAGAGAAUUUAUAACUUAUGAAAACAGAGUAAAUGAUACUCGCUCAGAUCACAGAUAUCUUCAAGUUAAAAUAAAUGGUAAAUCCAGAUAUAUAACUCUUCCAUCAAAUCAGGUGCCGGUAGAAUUUUUCGAACAAAAUGGAAGAAAAUAUUUUUUUUGUAAUAGAAGCCCUUUUAAUACAUUCAAUGAAGCUAGAAUAUAUUCCAAAUAUAUAGAAGCAUAUAGUAGUUUAACAUCACAAUAUAGACUUUUAGGAAAAUAUCCUGUUGCUUCUAGAAUUUGGAGAAAUACUUGGGCAGAUUGUUUUUAUAAAUGCUUUUCACAAAAUCACUUUAGAGAAUUAAAAAUGAGAUUUCUUACAGAAUUAGGUACAAUAAGAAUUAUUUUUCAUCACUUUCCAAUCAGAUACAAUGAAAGUUUAGAAAUUAUAGCGCAUCGUCAUGCAUCAAAAAAUGCUAAAGCAAACAAACUUUCAGUAGCUGGUGAUGAAAAAAGUGACGUACAUGAAGUUGCUGCUUUUACUAGCCCACCAUUUGCUAGUUUAUUAAUUAAUAGAUUAUAUAAUGCACUUUUGGAGGAACAAAAACAUAAAAAUAAUAAUAUACUAAAAAGCAAAAAGGAAUCAAGACAGUUUUAUUUAUUACUUUCUCCAGAUAUAAGUGAAGUUGGAAUUGGAGCUAUUUUAUAUGAAAAUAAAUUAUCUAUUGUAUUAACAUUUGCGUAG